AAAAGAUUCAGACAGCGAGAGAGAGGAGCCUCCAACAACGAGUGGCGGCCCAAGUGGACCUCCAGACAUUUCCAAAUCAAGAACUGAUAGUCCAAUCCAGCCACGUCUGAAACUCUAUCCGAGGACACUCCAGGGCGACAGGCGCAGACACUUUCAGGCAUCGUGGUACUCUAUCCACACAUGGCUUGAAUAUUCACUGUCACAAGACUCAGCAUACUGUUAUGCAUGCAGGCAUUUUGGCCUCCCACACACAGAGUCAGUGUUUACGUCAGCCUUGGGUUUUAAAAACUGGAAAAAGGCAACAUUCAGAGAUGGAGGGUUUUGUGGACAUGCAAAGGGAGAGGGUCACACAAAUGCAAUGAUUGCUUGGAAAGAAUAUGAGAGAGCAGAUAAAGCUGAUGCCUUGUUAAUGAGUACUUUAAGUAAAGAACAUCAUAAGCAGAUAGAGGAAAAUCGUGCCUACAUAAAAAGUUUAGCAGAAGUCCUACUGUUAACUGCAACCCAGAAUAUUUCACAGAGGGGACACAAGGAGACAGUAGAUGCAGACAACAGGGAAAACUUCUUGGCUAUAUUGGACAUGAUUGCUAAACAUGACCCAGUUGUUAAAAAGAAAAUGACAGGGCCUCGCAAUGCAAAAUACACGAGCCACCAAAUUCAAAAUGAAAUUUUGGAUACAUUAGCUGAAAUGGUACGCGCUUUCAUAAUAAACGAAGUCAAGGAGAGUGAAGUCUUUUCCCUUAUGGCAGAUGAAACUAAAGACCUUAAAAAAAAGGAGCAGAUCUCUUUAGUGUUAAGAUAUUAUUAUGCAGGAGCCGUAAAAGAGAGCUUUUUGCACUUUGAAUCUGCAGACCGCCUAGAUGCUGCAGGCCUGACGCAUAAAAUAAUACAGGUACUUGAGAGAUGUGGCUUGGAAUACAAAAGUAACCUGAUCGGGCAAUCAUAUGAUGGGGUUUCUGUCAUGAGUGGGAAGCACUCAGGCGUUCAGGCUCGUAUUAAAGAGGUGGCAAAACAGGCCUUUUAUGUACAUUGUAAUGCCCAUUGUCUUAAUCUUGUUCUUGUGGACACAGUUAAGGCAGUACCACAAGCUAAAUGUUUUUUCGCAUUGUUGCAGAGACUCUAUGUAUUUGUGUCUGGCUCGUACAUUCACAACAAGUGGCUGAACAUACAGAAAGAAAUGUAUCCUGGAGCACCCAGAGAACUUCAGCGAUUGAGUGAAACAAGGUGGGCUUGCCGGCAUAUAGCUUGCCACACUGUUCUUGAUAGACUACCUGCCAUCAUGCGUCUCCUUGUAGAAGUGGCUUCAGAAAACAGUGGCGAUAGAAGCAUUGAUGCACGAGGCCUGCUCGCUCAAUUUGACCUGCAGUUCAUUGGACUUUUGGUGAUAUGCAAUAAGGUUUUUGGUGAUGCAAGGUGUCUCUCUGACAUGCUACAGUCUCCCUCUCUUGAUUUGUGUUCAGCUGUGGAUCUAGUUCAAGCCCUUGUGCAAAAUGUUCAAGCUUACAGGGAUGAAUCCUACUUUGAAGGACUGGAGAGAAAUCUUAAAUACUGCUGAAAAAUGUGAUGUAGAGGUGGAACCUACUUCAAAAAGAAAGACAAAACAGAGCCGGUGGCUAGAUGGACAUGCUGUCAUGUCCUCAACGGGUGAGCGUUCAGAGCAGAGUAUGGACACUUUCCGUACCAGCAUAUUUUACCCUGUGCUGGAUAACAUGCUCAGUGAGCUAAACAGACGAUUUGCUAAACCAAAUUGUGAAAUAAUGUUGGGAAUCCAAGCCUUUAAUCCGUCAAGUAAUACAUUUUGCCAAGAGCAAGCUCUAUUUGCAUUUGCUUCUAUUUAUGAAUGUAACACAGAUGACCUCAAACACGAGUUACACCAAAUGAAAAUAAUCCUAGAGAGAAAAGUCAAAUCUGGCAUACAGAAGCCCUCUAGCCUAGUAGAACUCACUAAAUUCGUUGAACCCUUUAAAGAGGUAUUCCAUGAGCUCUUCAGGUUAUGCAAAAUUGCUAUUGCCAUACCAGUCAGUACUGCCUCCUGUGAACGCAGCUUUUCCACACUCAAGUUAAUAAAGACACACUUGAGAUCCACUAUGGAUGAUGAUCGACUGAGCAGUCUGGGUAUUUUAAGUGUGGAGUCCAGACGAGCAAAGUCCCUGGACUUGGAUGAAUUUGUUAAUCGAUUUGCUGCUAAUCACAAUAACCGCAGAAUACGUCUGAAAUGAGUGUGUAAACAAUGAUAUGAUGAAGUGAUGAUGUAAAUAGUU